CUUGUAUUGGUGGUGGAUGACAGCUGUAAACAAGCCCCAGUGAAGCUCAGGCACUUUGAGGGAAACCGAACGGUCGGAGCGCGGCGAAGAGUUAAAAACAGAAACAAAAAUGGUGAGGGGUAAAGCCUUGGCCCGUUGUGGUCUGGUUCUGCUGAGUUUGUGGCUGUGCAUCCAGUCUGUGCCGAUCAGUGUGGACAAGACAAAAGAAAAGCCUCAUGAGGAACUGGAGCCACCGCAGAGUGCUGAAACUGGGCUGCACUAUGACCGCUACCUCAGGGAAGUCAUUGAGUUCCUCGAGAAAGACCCCCACUUUAAAGAAAAGCUCAAAAAUGCCAGCAUGGAUGACAUCAAGCAAGGCAAACUUUCCAAAGAACUGGACUUUGUCCACCACAAUCUUCGGACGAAGCUGGACGAGUUGAAGAGGGAGGAGAUGAACAGGCUGCGGAUGCUCAUCAAAGCCAAACAUGACAUCCAGGGGGGGAAUGGCCGGACAGUGGACCAUCAGACCCUGCUUAGACAGUUUGAGCACCUCAACCAUACGAACCCAGACACCUUUGAGGUGGAGGACCUGGACCGCCUCAUCAAAUCGGCGACCAAUGACCUGGAGAACUUUGACAAGGACCGCCACGAUGAGUUCAAGAGAUACGAGAUGAUGAAGGAGCAUGAGAGGAGGGAACGUCUGAAGAACAUGAACGAGGAGGACCGCAAGAAGGAGGAGCAGCAUUAUGAGGAGAUGAAAAAGAAACACGCUGACCAUCCCAAAAUUAAUCAUCCUGGCAGUGAAGACCAGCUGAAGGAGGUGUGGCAGGAGGCAGACGGUUUGGACCCAGAGGACUUUGAUCCCAAGACUUUCUUCAAAAUGCACGACACUAAUGGAGAUGGUUUCUUCGAUGAGAUUGAGCUCGAAGCUCUCUUCACUAAAGAGCUGGAGAAGGUGUACAACCCCGAAAAUGCAGAAGACGAUAUGGUUGAGAUGGAGGAGGAGAGACUGCGAAUGAGAGAGCAUGUUAUGAACGAGGUGGACGCCAAUCAAGACAGACUCGUGUCGCUGAGCGAGUUCAUAGCAGCCACUAAGAAGGAGGAGUUCCUCGACAAAGACGAGUGGGAGACUUUAGAUCACAAACCCUUUUACACUGAGGAUGAGCUGAGGGAGUUUGAACAGCACCUGGCCAACGAGGAGAACGACAUCAACAAGAAGUCGACCGAGCUGCAGAAACAGAGAGAGGAGCUCGAAAGGAAGCAAGAAGAACUCAAUGCUCAGAGGCUGGGGCUACAGAAGGCAGUAGAAGAAAUGGAAAGGUUAAAAGUCGAAAGCAUAAAAUCUGAUGUCAAACGUGAAGGUGAACCAGCACCAGUUGUAACAGGAAACAAUCAACCACUGCCCAGUAGUCACCAGCAGCAGGAUGUACCAGUGCCAGGACACUCUUAGCAGGCCUCACCAGUCUGUCUGUGCGCUGUAUGAAUAACAGUGUGUGUGUGUGUGUGUGUG